ACCUGCCUCAGUCACAUUCAUUCCAUUACCAACAAAAUACGAUUAGGACACAUAAACACGGCGACGCGGGCGAGGGCGAGGUGGUUAUUAUCAUCAGCUUCUUGAGAGACAUAUCCCACAAUUCCCCAAUACCCUUUCCUAAUAAUUAAAAAGACAAAUUUAGAAACUGUCCCAGAAGUAGAUACCUAGGCAUCUAAGCGUCCUCACAUCACGCACGCGCCUCACCCUCACACGUUAUUCAGCUGCAUCAUUUUUUCAGCACCCACGUUGAGGACAACAUAGUAUUUUUUCAAUCUCAUCCUCAACAAAAUCACGUCUCUUCAAUUCAUCGUCCCCUCAUUUUUACGACCCCUUGACGACUCAGAUUCUCGAGCUCAUCAGAAAUGGAGACCCAAGACCAAUCCGCCGCCACCUCGGACCAGCAGCCAGUGCAAGGUGACGUAGCAGCUCCCGAGACGAAUCAACCGAUUCAAGAUGGCAAGACUGCCGGACAGCAAACACAACCUUUAGCAAUCCCAGGGUUGUCCCUACCACCUGAAAAUCCUAUUGCAGGCAACGGUUUACCUGUCUUUCCGAAUCCAGAUGAUACAUUUGCCGCGCUACAACAAACUGUUUAUAACAACGGGGCGUUUGCCACUCCCGGCAUGCCAAUACCUUCUCAUGUCGCCGGCCUUGAUAACUCGGCUGCCCAGCCGUCAAACGGACAUGGCUUGAGUGCAGAUGAUAUCGCCCUUUACGACCGCCAACUGCGGUUGUGGGGUAUGGAGGCGCAACAAAAGAUCCAAAGCGCCAAUAUCGUUCUUAUUACUAUGAAAGCUCUGGCAAACGAAAUUGCCAAGAACCUCGUCUUAGCAGGAAUCGGCUCUCUCACCAUCAUCGACGACCAAAUUGUCACUGAAGCGGACUUAGGCGCUCAAUUCUUUCUCUCGGAAGAAAACAUAGGCCAAAGUCGCGCUGAGGCGGCUGUUGGUCGAAUUCAGAAGUUGAAUCCCCGGGUCAAGGUCAUUGCCGACUCCGGAAGUAUCAUGACCAAAGGCGCAUCGUUCUUCGGCGGUUUUGAUAUCGUCAUUGCCACAGAUCUUAGCCCCACCCUUCUCGCCUUCAUCAAUACUGCCACACGUCUUCACAAUCGCCAUUUCUACGCUGCCGGCACUUAUGGUUUCUAUGGUUAUAUUUUUUGCGACUUGAUCGAACAUGACUACGUCCUGCAGCGUGAUAAGUCCAAUGUGCCGACAAUCAUAGGUCCGGAGACACGGACUCGGAGUAUAAUUAAAGUAGAGAGUCAAAAAGAGGGUGGCAAAACUAUUGAGAAGGUCCAAAAGCGCGAAUUAUACUCAACAUGGGAUCUCGCAUCAGAGACCAGCUUACUGCCAGCCGAGUACACUAAGUCUAAACGUCGCCUCAAGGCUGUUACACCAACUCUGUCUUGCUUGCGUGCGCUCUGGGGCUUCCAGCAAACUCAUAAUGACCGCUAUCCGGGGAACAACAAACAAGACCUAGAGGCGUUUACCAGGUCAGCCACACACAACCAUCAAUUGCUCUCUCUUCCGGCCGAAACACUUCGAUCCGAUUUCCUCCGCAGCUUUUUGCAAAAUAUUGGCUGUGAGAUCGCGCCAGUAACUGCGAUUCUUGGCGGGCAGCUAGCCCAGGAUGUAAUCAACGUGCGCGGUCAAGGCCAACAGCCAAUUCAAAACAUGGUCGUUUUCGACGGAGAUAAGAUGGAAGCCGAGGUCUAUCCUCUCCAUCCGGAAGGUCUCCUCGGUAGGGCUCAAUUAGAGAUUUCGACUCCGGCUAUGGUGCCGAUAGGCCAAGUCGAUCCUUCACAGAUACUUCCAAUGGAUCAGACUACUAUGAUGAUGGGAACCGGUGGGGUGUAAUACUAUGCGUGCGUGAUCUAGAAAGGGUUUCUCCAUUGUUGGACACAUACACAUGCGGUCGGUCGGAUAGGAAUCUCAGGCGUUAUCUUGCUUCAAAAAGAGUGCGUCGAUCCGUAUCUCGGGGUUAGGCAUAGCCAUUUCUUUUGAUUGUUUUGCCGUUUAAUUGUUUGCUAAGGAGCUUGAUUUAAGGAAGAUUCGUUGGGGGUUGGAGAGGUCACAAAAAGACAGAACAGGAGAGACAGUUCAGAGCAGAUGGGGAAAUACCCUCGAUGCGGAAGUGUGUGAAAUAAUGAGUUUACGGUGUUUUGAAUGUUUUUCAAUUUCUUCACUUUUAAUUGUUUUUUUUUUCUUCUGCUGCUAUGUUCAUGAUGCUUUGCGAAAUCAAUAGCUAGAGAAGAGCCGCAUGGAAGGACGUUGUACAGUACACAACUACCUACUCAUAGAUGAUUCACGAGAUACUAUGCUUAAA